CUUCCUCUUCUUCUACCGCUCCACGAUGCACACCAAAGGAAAUCCCUGCUGCUGCUCCUUUGAGGAUUACAAACUGACCACAGAGUGGCUGCUGAACCAGACAAACCACCGACCGAAGGUUGCUGUGAUCUGUGGUUCAGGACUCGGCCUGCUGGCUGACAGAGCUGCCAACAAACAGACCUUCAGAUACCAGGACAUCCCCAACUUCCCCGUCAGCACAGUCCAGGGUCAUGAAGGCUGCCUGGUGUUUGGGACCAUCGAGGACACUCCAUGUGUCUUCAUGCAGGGACACUUCCACCUGUAUGAAGGCUACUCCCUCUGUCAGGUGACCUUCCCUGUGCGGAUCUUUAAGCUGAUGGGGGUGGAGUCUGUCCUCGUGACCAAUGCCUCAGGAGGAAUCUGUCCAGACUUUAAGGUCGGAGACAUCAUGAUCAUAAAAGACCACAUCAACCUGCCAGGAUUCGCUGGACAACAUCCACUGUGUGGACCCAACGACGAGAGGUUUGGUAUCCGGUUCCCCUGCAUGUCUGACGCUUACAGUAAAGUUCUCAGAGGUUUGGCCUUGGAGGUUGGGUCUGAGCUCGGCUGCAGCGACUUCAUCAGAGAAGGAGUUUACUGCAUGGUGAGCGGACCGAACUUCGAGACCAUUGCUGAGGCCCGAAUGCUGCUGAUCCUGGGCUGCGACUCAGUGGGUAUGAGUACAGUACCUGAAGUGACGGUGGCCAAACACUGUGGACUCAGAGUUCUCGGUCUGUCCCUGAUCACCAACAAGGUGUCUCUGGACUACAGUCGGGAGGAGAAGGUGAACCACGAGGAGGUUCUGGAGAUCAGUAAGAUGAGGGCGGAGGUUCUGCAGAAACUCGUCACCACACUGAUCAGUCGCUGCCAGCAGCAGAGCAUCAACACACACUAACAGCUUCAACAGCAUCACACAGCAUUCGGCUGCAGCAGCAGUAUGAAGUGUUUUACUCUUCCCAGGUUGAACUCACCUGUAGUGACACACUGAGGACGACAUCUCUCAUUCACUAUAACAUGUCUUCUGUUAGACCAGCUGGGUUUACCUGUGUGGUAAACCCAGCCAAAACCAGGACACACCUGAACAGGACCUGUCACGUCACCGUGGAAACGUGACUGUAAACACACUGUGACCAGUCGACUGUAACUGUUGGAGUUUUUUUUUUUGCUGCUGCCACAAUAAAACUGCUGCAAAUGAC